GUACAAAUAUUAUCAUAAAUGGAGAAAUCGUUCGGCUUCAAGUACAUUACUGACCAAGAAUUAAGUCUUUAUGAGCUAGAGCAAUGGUAUGAUGAUAUUAGGACUUUUUGGGUUACGGACAAUCCAAGGUUUUUGGGACUGAGGAGACAGCCAGUGAGUCUGGGAGUGAGGGAGGGGAAUGAGUCGAUAGGUCUUUGUAGCCCAGAGGAACCUGGAAGGAUAUCGGAGUAUAAGAGAUGGAUUUGAGUUAGCAGAAUUCCAAAUGAUUAUCAGUUUCAAGUGUUUCUUUAUCCUAUUAAAAAUGAACCUACUGUUAAAUAUUCCAAACUACUUGAAAGUCUUCAAAAAGUUAGAAUGAUUGGGCUUACCAUUAUCAAAAGUGAAGACUGCAAAAUUAUCAAAUUCAGCACUGUCUUUCCUCAAAUAAUCCAAUUUCUGUCUCGUUCUCUAGAAAGGAUUGAAAUAGGAAAAUUUCAGAUUAGCACAAAACAGCUUCUGAGGAUCUUGGGCAAUGCAUUGAUCUUGAAAAAGCUUAUUUUGAGAGAAACACAAAUAGAAGUUUAUAAGAAGAAAAUUCCACUAAGGAGAGAGUUUAAACUAGAAGAAAUUUACCUCAAACAAAUAACUGAUUAUAAAGGCAAACCCUGGGCUAAGAAGACUCAACACUUGGAGGUUUUCUGAAAGCUUCUAUCUAGCUGUCCCAUUAAAGAGUCCUUAAAGAAAAUUGAGAUAUCUCCGAUUUUAGUUAAGAAAAGGUUGCAGGAUUUAAAGAAAAAGUCAGGAUUUGGUCAUAUCGAAUUCAGUAAUACUAAACUUUAGACAUUAAGGAAUUAAGCAUUCGGAGAGUAAA